GCACGAAAGCUAAAACCCCCACCCACGCGUCACACCACACCACUACCGUCCCGUUUCCCCCACACCACCGCCACCGCCGCGAUGGCCGCCGCCCGCCGCCUCCUCCUCCUCCUGGCCGUGACCCUCGCCGCCGCCGCCCGCGCCCACAACAUCACGGACAUCCUCGACGGCUACUCCGAGUACUCGCUCUACAACAACUACCUCUCCCAGACCAAGGUCUGCGACGAGAUCAACGGCCGCAGCACCGUCACCUGCCUCGUCCUCACCAACGGCGCCAUGUCCUCCCUCGCCGCCAACCUCUCCCUCGCCGACGUCAAGAACGCGCUCCGCCUCCUCACCCUCCUCGACUACUACGACCCCAAGAAGCUGCACUCGCUCCACGGCGGCUCCGAGCUCACCACCACGCUCUACCAGACCACCGGCGACGCCUCCGGGGACAUGGGCCACGUCAACAUCACCAACCUCCGCGGCGGCAAGGUCGGCUUCGCCUCCGCCGAGCCCGGCUCCAAGUUCCAGGCCACCUACACCAAGUCCGUCAAGGAGGAGCCCUACAACCUCUCCGUCCUCGAGGUCUCCGACCCCAUCACCUUCCCCGGCCUCUUCACCUCCCCCUCCGCCGCCUCCACCAACCUCACCGCGCUCCUCGACAAGGCUGGCUGCAAGCGCUUCGCGCGCCUCAUCGUCUCGUCCGGGGUCGUCAAGACGUACCAGGCGGCCAUGGACAAGGGACUCACCCUCUUCGCGCCCACCGACGACGCCUUCCAGGCCAAGGGCCUGCCGGAUCUGGGCAAGCUCACCGGCGCCGACCUCGUGGCGCUGCUGGAGUACCACGCGCUGCCGCAGUACGCGCCCAAGGCGUCGCUCAAGACCAUGAAGGGCGGCAUCCCGACCCUGGCCUCCACCGGCAAGGGCAAGUACGACCUCUCCGUGGUCGCCAAGGGCGACGACGUGUCCAUGGACACCGGCAUGGACAAGUCCCGCGUCGCGUCCACGGUGCUCGACGACACCCCGGUGACCGUGCACACGGUGGACAGCGUGCUGCUGCCGCCGGAGCUCUUCGGCGGCGCGCCGUCGCCGGCACCAGGAGCGUCGGCCGAUGCGCCAGCGUCGGCCCCUGCACCAGAAGCCUCCUCCGCGCCGGCGCCCUCGCCUAACCACGACAAGACGAAACCGAAACACAAGUCGCCAGCGCAUUCCCCGCCCGCGCCGCCGGCUGAUACGCCUGACACGGCCCCCGCCGAGUCGCCGGAGGGAGACGAGGAGGCGGACAAGGCCGACGACAAGAACGGCGCGACCGCGGUGAGCAUGGGCAUCGCGGCCAUGGUGGCCUCGGUCGCUCUGGUCGGCGCGACACUCCUCUGAUCUGCCCCAAGUGUUCGACAUCGAGCACUCGUUCUGUUUUCCUCAUGAUGUGAUGCACUCCGGUCGUGGUUGCGAGUUCGUCGGCCAUUGAAAUGCUCACACCCGAAGCUGUUACUUCUUCCUGGUUGGAUCAUUUGGGCGAUUGUGAUACCUUCCCUGGUACUGGUAGUUUCAGUAGCUGCGUAGUUACAAGUCUAUUGAGUUUGAUUUUGCUAUGAUGCUCGUUGCAGUUGUUGAUGCAUUGCAUUCCAUCUGCCAAGAACUCCAAUUCCAUAUCCUGACGCAGUUAUCUAGCAUUCUCGAUGAAGUAACUUGUGAAGAGAGACUUGAUCUUACUACGAGUUAAUUGAUGCAUUGGUUCGUUGUA